UUGCAAGCCCGCCGUGUUUACUUCGGUUCACUUUUGUGAAGUGAGGAUUAAAAUAUUCUUUCUAUUCUGAGCAGCGUUAACGUGCUUUUGUCUGACCUGGAAUGUCUCAGGACAGUCAGCAUGGAAAGUGGACCAUCUCCAGCAGUGAUGAUGAUGAUGAGCGUCUUCCUCCUUCUGGGGCUCCACCUGAGUCCCGUCGGCCGACUGACACCAAACCUGCGUCUCCAGUCCGGGUGCCGGCCACCAUGAAGGUGGAAGCAGAACCGGCCGGAGGUCACGUGACCUCAGUAGCCAGCGGUUCUGAGGCCAGACAGUCAGAUCCAGUAAAGUACGAGAGCAGCCCUGCCCCGGCCGGCAAGAGGAAGUCCGACGUUUCAGAGGGCACGGGGUGGGCUCUGUCGGACAGCGAUGAGGGGGAUGGAGACGUGAAGGGGAACGGCCUCGGCGACCCGCCCAAGAGAGCGCCAUCGGGGCCCAAAGCAAAGAAGGCCAAGGUUGAGAGCGAGCGUCCUCCCAGCCCUCACGGACGGACCUACUACAUCGACGAGCCGCAGGACUUCUUUGAGUCGUGCGUUCCUUGUCUCAAUGACACCUACAGGUUCUACCUCAACAAGGUCACAGGCCUGGACAGGAAGUACAAUGCCGGGGCUCUGCACAUCAGAGAUAUCCUCUCACCGCUAUUUGGGACCAUAAAAGAGUCUGUUCAGUUUAACUACUGCUUUGAUAUUGCUUGGAUGGUAAAACAGUUCCCAUCAGAGUUUAGGGAUCGGCCGGUUUUGAUCGUGCACGGAGAUAAGCGGGAGGCCAAGGCACGGCUGCUCCAGCAGGCUCAGCCCUUUCCACAUGUUCGCUUUUGCCAGGCCAAGCUGGACAUUGCUUUUGGAACCCACCACACGAAGAUGAUGCUGCUGUGGUACGAGGAAGGUUUCAGAGUCAUCAUCCUCACCUCCAACCUCAUCAGAGCCGACUGGUACCAGAAGACACAGGGGAUGUGGAUGAGCCCUCUGUUCCCACGGUUACCAGAAGGAAGCAGCGCGAGCGCGGGCGAGUCGCCCACCUUUUUCAAGAGGGAUCUGCUGGAGUACCUGGCUUCGUACCGCGCCCCAGAGCUGGAAGAGUGGAUCCAGCGGAUCGGAGAGCACGACCUGUCGGAGACGAGGGUGCAUCUGGUGGGAUCCAGCCCGGGCAGGUACGUGGGCCCCGACAUGGAGCGCUGGGGCCACCUGAGACUGAGGAAGCUGUUGCGCGAUCACACAAAUCCUCUUCCUGGGGAGGAACGGUGGCCUGUGAUUGGCCAGUUCUCCAGCAUCGGCUCCAUGGGACCGGAUAAGAGCAAGUGGUUGUGUGGGGAGUUUCAGCGCACGCUGAGCACGCUGGGAAAGUCUUCCCUCCGUCCGGACCCGUCCAUGCAUCUGCUGUAUCCGUCAGUAGACGACGUGAGAACCAGCUUAGAAGGCUACCCAGCCGGAGGUUCUCUUCCUUACAGCGUCCAGACCGCCCAGAAACAGACCUGGCUCCACUCCUUUUUCCAUCGCUGGAAAGCGGAUGCGACGGGGCGGAGUCACGCCAUGCCGCACAUCAAGACGUACAUGAGGGCUUCGCCAGAUUUCUCACAGCUCGCCUGGUUCCUCGUCACAAGUGCCAACCUGUCCAAGGCGGCGUGGGGGGCGCUGGAGAAGAACGGCUCUCAGGUGAUGGUGCGCUCGUACGAGCUGGGCGUCCUCUACGUGCCCUCGGACUUCAACUUGAAGACAUUCCCGGUUGAUAGGAAUCCAUUUCCCGUCUCAUCCUCCUCCUCCGGAUUCACAGUGCCCUUUGACCUCCCGCCUACAAGCUAUUCUCCAAAAGACCAACCGUGGAUCUGGAAUAUCCCGCAGGCUCAGGCGCCCGACACCCACGGCAACAUCUGGGUUCCCUCGUGAACAAGCCUGUCACCCGUCUGCUGUAUAUAUGUCGCUGCUGCUUCUGUAACUGUUAGCUGUAACGUUUUUACUGUAAGGUGGACCUUUUUUCUAAAAAAUAAAUCAAAUACUU